CGUCACGCCCCUCGGUUUUUUUCUUCUUCAUUUCGCAUAAACGUACGCUGUACGCUUUUCAAUUUACCAGUUGAUACCCAUUGAAAGCGAAGCGCGGCUUGUCACAACGCAGCCACGGACACGUUGAUCAGGCCAGAGCGGCAGCAGCAGCGGAGGAGGAUCUUCAUAGGAUAAUAUUUUUAUCUAUCCUUUUCCCCCCUUCGCUGGAAUAACUUGGCUCUGUGUGCCGGUGAGGAAUCUGCUGUUCUCACUCAUGAAAUGGUACAGAGGCGUUAACGAUACAUAAGGCGAAUAACGGAAAGAUUAGACGCUACAGUGUAGCGGCGCAAUAAUCGCAUGUGCUGGCUGGGCUUGGCGCAGGAAAGGCCAAGUCAGAUCGCAAGCUGAAAUCGUUCAUGUGUGUGACCUCCAUCACGUUUUAGGGCAAUUUAUUUAAGUAUUCAACUAGAUUAGCUUGGAAACUGCAGCCAAUGCUGGUCCAUUCGCUAUUGUGUGCGUUUGAUAUAACUUAGCUAGGCGGCCAACCAGGACGCGCUGAUGAGCCUGUGUGCGUAGCGGAAUGACGAUCAGAAUAAACCUCCACCAGACGGGCUCUAAUGGCUCACAUUAAUUGUCAAAACCUCAUUUGAUAAUUGGCUUGUGUGACUAUCAAAUACAGCAUUAUAGCCGGUGUUUCUGGUCAGACCAGGUAGGCCCUGCUAUCAUUCAUAAAACUGUCCUGGUCGCGAAGAAUGGGCCCAUGUCUUAAAUUGGAAAACAAAGAAUUAAGCUACUGAAGAGGGUAAGCUGGUUAGAUAAGCUUGUUUUAGCGUUUUUAGGUGAGCUAGCAAGCUGGUUCACGGAUUAGACACACAGUCUGGACAGUAUUGCUCCCUGCACUCCCUCUGCCCUUUUUUGUUCUUCCUGCGCCGCACCACAAUGAGCGGUCAUACCGGGGACGCCGGACCCGUGGAAGUGGAGCCCAUGCCGGGAUACUUGGACCUCAUCACCAGAGCCUCCACCGUAAUGCUGGGCGCAUGGAGAGACUGUAAUCAUUGCGGUUUGGAGCUCUCGAAACGGACUCUCCUGGAUAAUGCAAACAUUACCUUGACCGAGAUCACCCUGUUCUUCUUUUGUGCAUUUUUGUGGACGCAGGUCAGGCGGGGACUGACAGAAUGUCUGUUUCAGCCUCUAGCACAGUGGUGCAGGCUGCUGCCCAAAGAUGCUGCCAAGAUGCCAGAGAGCGCGUGGAAGCUGGUCUUCUACACCAUGUCCUGGUCAUACAGCACCUACCUGCUCUUCUUCACCUCCUACUCCUUUUUCCAUGACCCACCCUCUGUCUUCUACAACUGGAAGAGUGGUAUGUCGGUGCCUACAGACAUCGCCAUAGCCUACCUGAUCCAGGGUAGCUUCUACGGCCACUCCAUCUAUGCUACGGUCUACAUGGACGCAUGGAGGAAGGACUCGGCUGUCAUGGUGGUGCACCACAUCAUCACGCUGGCACUCAUUAGUUUUUCCUACGCCUUUAGAUACCACAAUGUAGGGAUUCUGGUGUUGUUCCUCCACGACAUCAAUGACAUCCAGCUGGAGUUCACCAAGCUCAACAUCUACCUGAAGUCUAGAGGAGAAGGCUAUCACCUGCUCAACGACGUGCUGUCCAACAUGGGCUCAGUCAGCUUUAGCAUCACCUGGUUCUGGUUCCGUCUCUACUGGUUCCCUCUCAAAGUGCUGUACGCCACAUGUGUGUCCAGCCUCCAGUCUGUCCCCAACAUCCCCUUCUACUUCUUCUUCAACACUCUUCUCCUGGCACUGCUGCUCAUGAACAUCUACUGGUUCUUGUUCAUUGUUGUUUUCGUAGUGAAGGUGCUAAAAGUGAAGGAGGUGAACGACGUCAGGGAGUACGAGGACGAGGAAGGCAAUAACGCGGCAGCUGGCCUGCUCGGGGAACCUCAGGCAGAAAACCACGAUGGUGAUGAUGCUGGACAUCACAACUCUGCCCAGGGAAAGCACCUGCAGAAUGGGAUCAACAAAAAGAAGCAUCUAUAACAGUCUCUCCGUUGCCACCACCUGGCACUAGGCUACAACUACAAGCAAGACAAGACGCCCUCCUUGGACGGCUCACGCUCAAAAAGCAUGGCUGAAGGGAAGAGGGUCACAAAAAGAAAAAAGGAAGGAAAAUAGCAAGUUUUUACUCUUUUUUUAAUUUUUUUUAUUUGUUUUACAACAUUUCAUUUCAUCGCUGUCGUUUUGUUUUUAUUAGAGCACUGUGAAUGUUAUUUCAGGUGACUUUUUGUCUUAUUGUUGCUAACUUUACAUUUGAUAGAUUCAGUAGAAAGAAAAAAAACAGUUUGAGUAAGAGUUGGGCUGUGAUUGUACAGUCGGACAGGUUGUCAUAAUCAUCACCGUCACACUGAACAACGCCACAGCACCCAGACUGCAGUCUGUAAGCAUUUAGACCAACAGUAACCAUUAGCAACCUGGUAAACAAGCAGCUAAUUCUAAUAGGGGUGAGCUGUGUUUGUCAGUCAGUGAAAUAAUGAAUUAAUUUCCUCCUUUAACCUCCGUCCAACUUCUCUGACGUCAGACAUGAAGAGAAAAGGCUAAAAAAAUCAUGAUUCAAAUGGGAAACAUUGCGUUGUUCUCAGUAUCAUUUUUCACGGCUGCAGUGAUGCAGGAGAGCCGUUUCACCACAUGUAUUGAUUUUUAUAUCACUGCACAAGUCAGUGGUGGCGACCACACAGCUUAUGGCGUCCAUUAGUUUGAAUUGAAAAGCCGCGUUGGUGUGUGUGUGUAGGUAAGUGCGUGUGUUAGACAUUCCAGGAUGGAUGUAGCCGAAUCUUUUAAACUCAAAAUCCUUCACAACAUUUCACCUCUCAGUUUGAUUUCUUUUUACAUUUUAUCUCUUGAUGAUCAACAGGCAUUGGAAAUAUUUAAUUGUAUGGAAAAAGCUUUUUUUUUUGUAUGUGUUGCAAAGCAUCUGUUGCUGCACUGACAUGAGGGCAUACAAGCUGGUUGCUGGUUUAAUGACAGCAAAUAGCUAGAAUUGAUUGACUGGGUUUCAGUAUCAUCCUCAUCAUUUAAUUUGUUUAAACAAUAUGUUUGAUUAACAUUUAUAACCAGUUUCGUGGGUGGUGAUGACGGCUAUCGGGUUCACAGAAAAUUUUAACAAUAUCCCAGAACUUGUGUAAAGAUAAAGAUCACUAUGAUUAAAACAAAAUAAAAAAAAAACAUUAUGUAUGCACACAUUAUGGUAUUCAGGAAUGCAUGACAUUGAAUGAUUUUGGAAAUAUACUAUGAAAUUGUCUUACAAACAAUGAAGAAAAAAAUCCUCUGGCUAUGUAAUCAUAAUGUCUCUAUUAAUGUCUAAAAUAACCAUCCUAAAAGUGAUCUUUCUUUGAAGCAACAGUGACCACUGAACACACAUAAAUUGGCUGACAAACCAGAGUGUGAUAAACCUUCAUGUGGCAUUGAAAUUUAUUUCAGAUGCACAUUAAGAGAUCAAAUUAAAGUCUAUUAUGUCCCAGAAAUCCCACAUAUGGAAAGAUUUUUGAUGUCACCUGUAAUUCGAACACGUUAAAUUAAACUACAGUGGAAAGGUUUCCCUGGAUCCCACUGGUUUACUGUUAGUGGAAACAGCUGCUGCACCUGUAGCAAAUAAGGUAUAUUUCUAUUUUUCCUACCUUCUCGAUCAAAUUCAAGCUCUUGUUUCGAUGAACAGCAUGCUUGUGCUGCCGGAGCAGGCCGCAGAUGUCGUUCUGUUUUAGUUUAUCUGUUUGUCUUCCACAAUCCCUACAGCACAUGUGGGGGGAGUUCAAACUACUUUUAAUUUUAUAUUAAACUAUCACUAUUAUUUCUGUAGUUAAGGUUAUCAUUGUUGAUUUGAUUUUGAAUUGCUGCUGUUUUUUUGCUUCCUCUGAGAGCACUGUUGGAAUCCCAGUUUAGUUGUCUUCUUCUGCUUAUGUAUGAGUCGGUGAUUGUCUGCUUAGAUCAGAUAUUUUCUGGGAGAAAUGUUAUGUUCAUCUACAUUACAAACAUCUGGAUUAAUAUCAGAUCUCUUCCUUUUAAUCUAAAUGCUGGCUCACACUCAUUUUUACUUUAUUCUGAUCAUUAUACAUCUGUACUGUAAAAGUAACAAUUCAUCAAACAUUUUGCUGUGUGUAAUAUAUCAGACAUCCUGUAGCAUGGUGUUCUGGCAGGAAGUGACCUCUGCGGUCUUGACUAUUCAACUGUGAGACUAGAUGAUCCAUAGUUUGCUGAUAUUUGUGUGAUAUGAUGGCAUAUGUGAAGUUUGCAGUGAACCCACAAAGACCUGUGAUCUGGAUUAGGUGUGACUCAUCCCUCAAGUCUGGUAUGGUACUGUGUGCAAAAAAGGUGCACCUUCAAUCUCUCUCCCAACUGUGUCACGCUACAAACAGUCCUGUGAUGUGAGACUGAAUAACUACUAUUAGGGGUGGGCGAUAUGAAUGUGAAAUGCACCAUCAGACAAUAUUAAUUUGAUGUACUGUUUACACCGUGGUGUCAAUGUUUUAAAUCAAUGAGCUGUUUUAUGAAAAUAUUGGAUUUGAUAAUUUUGCAUCUAAAGUACUUUGUCUUUUCAGGAAUUUACAUUGAUGGAUUACCCAAAAAAAGCUGCAGCAACUACCAGGUGUACAUUAGAUAAUAGUCAACAGAUUUUUCUGAAAGUUUAUUAAAUCAUCAUGUAUGUCAGUAUGAUAUGAAAGAAAUUGUAUCCAUGUCGUCCACCCCUCACUACUACCCAGAUGUGAUGAAAUCUGAGAAAAAACAUUUUGAAAUUGUUUAUUUUUCUUCCUGUAUGGAUGUGGCUGAUUCUUAUUUAAACGUCCAAAAUGUUGGAAACAUGUUGCGUGUUUAGCUCCGUUCAGUCAGACAACUCAGUUUUUGUAAAUGUACAGACUUGAUAUUUGACAUCUAGGCUCAGACCUCAUCACUCUCCAUUUGCAUAGACGAAGAUCAGCUCAAAGCAGAUUAGGGAGUGACGAUAAACACGUGAAGCAGUGUUUGCAGUAAGGCAGCCCUGUCUGUGCUGCUGCUUUACUGAUCAGUUUGCAAAGGCUCGAUAAAAUAUGCAAACUGAGCAGUAAAAGCUGUGUCAUAUGUUUUGUACUAAAUAUGACGUGUGAGUUGUCUGCAUGAACUGUAGCUCGCAGGCUUCACCUUCCUUAUGACACAAAGUAUCUUCAUGAGUGCUUUGAUUGUGCCAAAAUGUCCACCCAAAUUAUGAGGCAAGCAUUUGUGGGUGCUGGUGACGAGCGAAGAGGAGAGCUAGUAGAGAACGACGGGCAGAAGAAGCCCUGCAGGUAUUUCUUAUAAAUUGCACUGUAAUUUAUUAUUAUUAUUAUUGUUUAUUAGUAGAUCAAAAUUAGAAAAGGGAAGGGAGAAUUUGGGAAUUUUUACUUUCUUGGAAGAAUCAGUAACUAAAACUCUUUUAAAAUGUAAAAUGGAUUUUAAUUGUUUUCUGGACCAUUGAUGCACUGUAAUCGAUACAAAUUGACCCUUUUUUCUUUCAAACUCAACUUGAUCACUUUUUAAAUCUGACCACUUGAUAAAGACACAUACUUGCUCUUUUGUAAUACUAUUUUAAUACCAUUCAGCCAAUGUUUUUGUUUCAUUUUUUUCCCAUAAAAUAAAACGUGUCAGUAAAUAAGAGACUUGCUCCUUUUCUUUAUUUAUUUUAAUCACACCUGAUAUUUUCAUUGCAAAGAUCAAGUGUUGUGGAUGAGGUUCAGACCAGAGAAGAGUUCAGUUCAGUGCACAAAUGAAAACCAACUGCUUCAAUAAAUAAAAAAUUCAUAUUUACCACACAGUAGUUCCCUCAUAGUGGUAAAU